AUAGUAGCAUAAGACAGUCGCGUGCGACCCUCGGAAAAGUUGAAAAAUUUAAAUACUAUCAGCUUAGUAUUUAGUCCACGGUAAAUAGGAGAUAGUAGCCCUACACUCGGAGAAACCAGUGCUAUUAAUUAAUGUCGAGCAGCAGGCACCGAGCAAAAACCCGUUUACCACCACGUCUGUAAAUUAGCUAGUUUCGUGGCUUAAUUAAUAAAAAAACAAAUAAGUAAAUAAAGACCAAGCGAAUAGCGAAUAUAACAAGUUAGUCUGCGAUCUGUCUCGAGACUGUUGACUCCCCAAAAAACCAAAACCAAAAACGAAACCGAGACCGAGACCGUAGACCGUAGAAACAAAGGCCAAAGCGGCGAAGUCGGAGAAUCCGAGCCCCUGACAAAUUCUCGUAAACCCGUAGAGUAUAAAGAGCGUCCACCAAAAUGCCGCGUUCGCAUUUCACUCGAAGGCAUUGUCUAGCGAUGACGGGCGGAUUAAUUGCAUCGGCGGUUCUCAUCUGGUGCGUCGCCCACUCGGCGAUCGAAUCGUCGGCCAAGCUCUACGAUCCCACCGCUGAUAAAUCCACGCUCGAGCUGCUCCAUGUGGUAUUCCGACAUGGACCACGAACGCCGGCGGAUACGUAUCCAAGGGAUCCCUAUGUAAAUGAGACCUACUAUCCCUUUGGCUGGGGACAAAUAACAAAUAAUGGCAAACGCGAACUGUUCAACAUUGGUACUUGGCUGCGUAAGCGUUAUGGCAAAUUUCUGGCGCCCAACUACAGUCCCGAUUUGGUUCACGCUCAAGCGACGGGUGUUCCGCGGACUCACAUGACGAUGCAGACCGUUUUGGCCGCCUUCUUUCCGCCAAAGGGAACCGACAUGGAGUGGAAUAGCCGCUUUAAUUGGCAGCCCAUACCUGUCUUCUCCCAGGAGCUCAAUGAGGAUACGUUGCUACUGGUGCGAACACCCUGCCCGCGAUAUUUCGAGGCCCUGAAUGAGGUGUACGAGUUACCUGAAGUCAAAGCGGAAAUAGCACCCUACCUGGAAAUGUACAAAGAGCUGGAAAAGCACACAGGCCUCAGUUUCAAGGAGCCCGAGGAUGUGCAAUCCCUGUACUUGACACUGCUCGCCGAACAGGAGUGGGGUCUGGAAUUGCCCGAAUGGACGCAUUCCUAUUUCCCGGAGAGACUGCAAUUUCUGGCCGAGCAGAGUUACGUUUACAAUGUCUACACACCCGAGAUGCAGAAGAUCAAGGGUGGUCCCUUCCUCAAGAAAAUGUUCACUGAAAUGCAGCAGAAGAAGAAUGGAACCCUGAAGCCCAGUGGCAGGAAACUGUUCAUAUACACAGGUCACGAUUCCACGGUGGUGAAUGUCCUUGCCGCCCUAAAAGUCUGGGAACGCCAGAUGCCUCGCUACUCGUCGAUGGUUCUGUUUGAGCUGCAUAAAAACAAGGAAACCGGCGACUACUGGGUGGAAAUCUACUUCCGCAACGAUCCCAAGGAUCAGGCACGAAAGCUCACAGUUCCCGGCUGUGAGUUCCAAUGUCCUUUGGAUAAGCUUCUGGAUUUGGCCAAGGACGUAGUUCCCACGGAAACGGAUGCCAACCGUUGCGAGUCUCGCAAUGCAGGCUUCACGGAACCACCGCUGCGGGGGCCAUAGAAACCAGAAUUUAGUGGAUAUAGAAAAAUCGUUAAGGUGCUACACAUCUCAGGGAGUGGGACUGCAAAAGCCCCACUAGCAAGUCGCAAUCCUCUAGUUAAGUCCGUCGUUAGGCAUAGCCCGAAUAAAUAUACCUGAACUCGUUUUGGGUUAAUCGUUAACUUA